AUAGCACUGAAGGCAGCAAAAUUGAAAAUACAAUACAAGGCUAAUUAACAGGGCAACCAGGACUCAAAAUGCGGCGGAGUGGAGCAGGCAGUGUACCUCACGCUCCGCCAGGCCUGAGCUUUGACAAAACAGAAGAAGGACCCCAUAGUGCAAAGAGUAAUAAGCCUUACCCGUUUCUGAAACAGCACACCGCCAUUGGACUAACUACUCUCCCAGAAACCACGCUCCGACCAGAGCAGAUCGAGCAGUCUGUGAGUCUAAAUAGUCUACAGAUGAAAUUUGAGUGUGGAGUUUGUCUAGAAGGUUAUAAUGAAAGUGGAUCCCAUGCCCCUCGAAGUCUCUCUUGUGGACACACUUUUUGUACUGGUUGUCUCUCUCAGUUGGUCAAGGAAACUAUUUUGUGUCCAAAGUGCCACCAAGCCUCCCAGUUACCUCCCAGAGGAGUGAAUGACCUACCCAAGAACUAUGGCGUCCUUGAAAUAAUGUACAGCAACCCAAUCACAUUCAACCAGGAUCAUCCUAGCAGCAGCUGUGCAGAGGAUGUUAAAUGGUCAGUCGGCUCCAGUAUCCCAUUGUGUACAAAGCAUGGCGACCAGCUCUCCAGUUUUUGUGACGAAGAUGAAGAGUUAGUUUGUAGUUCUUGUCUUCUUUAUGGACCUCAUAAGCAUCAUGGCAGUACACUAGUUAAUGAAGCUGCCAUUGAAGCAAGACAGACUCUAGUCAAACUGACCCCUGAUAUUAGCGAGACUAUCAUAGUAGCUGAGAAAUCUCUGAAAGAGAUUGAUACGGUGGUCCAAUCUGUCAAGGAUUCAUCUCAUCUCAUAUCGGACGAGAUUGAUUCUCAUUUCAACGAGUUGGUUGCAGUCUUAGAGAAUAGGAGAAAGGAGUUGAAACUUGAUGCCCUUCAUAGAAGCCAGAACAGAAUUGAAGCUCUGCUAGAACAGAAACAGGCUAUAUCAUCUCGUAUUGACAUAGCACAUGAAGUUCAUGCUACCUGCACUCACCUGUUAGCCACUGCUGAUAACUACACACUCCUCGGUGAGUAUAAGAAAGCUACCGACGGUAUCCAGACCAUCUUUGUCAAUCUUCCAUCAAUGAGUCCCGUGGCACGCGACGAUCUUGUAAUCGAUUUUCCUAAAGAAGCUGCAGAGGAACUCCAGUCCCAGUAUUAUUCACAUGGAAACAUAAGAUCCGGAGUUGGUACGGUGAAGUGCGUUGUAUGUGAGCCUUUUCAUGACGGAGUACGUAUUUACUGGCAAGGACACAAUUACGUUGACAGCAUUGGCAUUACUUAUGCUUUACAAAUGUCAAGGGGAGACGAUGAAGAAUUUGUCAAUAUAUACAGAGGUGGGGAUACAAAGUUCACUUGGAAGUGUGACAGUGAAAAGGAAGAAUCUGUAAAGCAUAACUUUAGAGUGAGAGUCCAGACCUGUGAAGGAGUGGGGAAUUGGUGCACUCCUGUGUCAUGCAUCAGAAGCCAUCCAGGGUGGAAAUGGCACAAGAAAUGGUGCAAUAUUAAAGUUGAGAUUGGUUUGUCACAAAUGGAAGCUUGGUCGAGACACGCUUCUGGAAAAGACUGGACACUAUUAGCAGGAGAUACUAUUAUAUCAAAGGGUCAGCAUUAUGUUGAAAUAGAAGUCAAAGAGACAGCAAAGCAUCACAUUCGUCGUGACUGGUCCACCAAACUAGCAAUUGGUCUGAUACAAUGCAAGGACAGAGAGACAGCCAACUCAUCAAUAUCAUGGCAAGAGUGCAAAUUUUCUGUUGGGCAACUGCCUUCUCACAACUCUUGGAGUUUUCUAGCGACUGGGAACUCUAAAAAAAUGUCGUCUCGGAACUCAGAGAUGACUACUGAAGAGUAUGGAGGAAUAGCAAGCAUUGAGUCCGGGGAUAGACUGGGUAUGCUGGUCGAUUUUGAUGGCAGCGGUCUGGCCAGUGUAUCGUUCUUCUGCAACAGUUUAGACCUUGGUGUAGCCUUUGCUAAAGUACCUGGACCUUUCCUACCUGUAGUGUCUGUCUGUGAUAGAUUCCAUAUUUGUCUCAAGUUUCCACCACCUCCCUACUCUAAGCGUAAUCCUCGUCUUACUCUUUUUUCCUCUGGCUCUUCGACAGCAUUGUUUUAAACUGUUUUUUACAAA